AUGUCAACGAAUUCCAUAAAGAUAUUUACGGGUAAUUCACAUAUUGAUCUUGCAAAACUUGUAGCGCGUCGAAUAGGUAUAGAUCUUUCAAAAGUAAUAGUGGUAAAAUAUUCUAACCAAGAAACCUCAGUUAUCGUUGGUGAAUCAGUUCGUGAUGAAGAUGUUUUCAUUAUUCAAUCUGGAUGCGGAGAAAUCAAUGAUAAUUUAAUGGAACUUUUGAUCAUGAUCAAUGCUUUUGCAAAUAUGUUAACAGUUGCUGGUGCUAAUCAUGUAAUCACAAUGGAUUUGCAUGCAAGCCAGAUUCAAGGUUUCUUCAAUAUUCCUGUAGAUAAUUUAUAUUGUGAACCCUCCAUGCUUAAAUAUAUUAGCACUAAUAUUCCUGAUUAUAAAAAUGCUAUUAUUGUUUCACCCGAUGCCGGUGGUGCAAAAAGAGCAACUUCAAUGGCAGAUCGCUUGAAUUUGGAUUUUGCUUUAAUUCAUAAAGAAAGAAAAAAAGCCAAUGAAGUUUCAAGAAUGGUAUUAGUUGGUGAUGUUAAAGGUAAAAUAGCAAUUUUGGUUGAUGAUAUGGCUGAUACUUGUGGUACGUUGGCUUUAGCUGCUAAAACUUUAAAAGAAAAUGGUGCAAUAAAAGUCUAUGCAAUUGUUGCACAUGGUAUUUUGUCUGGUAAAGCAAUUGAUGUUAUCAAUGAAAGUUGUUUAGAAAGAUUGGUUGUAACAAAUACCAUACCUCAUGAUGACAAGAAAGCUAUUUGUUCAAAAAUUGACACAAUCAAUAUUUCUUCCACUUUAUCUGAAGCUAGAUUUCGAAAUUAUAUAACUUCGGAAACAGGGAAAAAUCAAGUAGUAACUCAUGUGACUUCGAAAACUGAGGCGAGUACUCCAGCUAAGGUAGAUGUAUUAACCAAACUUUACUUUCAAAACAAUGGCAUUUACGUGCCAGUCUCUGAUUCUCCAUAUUGUUUAAGUGAAUCCGUCAUAACUCCUACCCUUAAUUCUUCAAGUUUUAGCUCGAGUUUCUCUGACGAGUGUAAUGUACUCUGA